UAUUGAAAAUUAUUCCAAAUGGAAAACCAGAAGAUAACUACAAAUAUUUUUCUUCCACCAAAUUUAGGCUAGAAAUCUAGGAUAUGGAGACUCCGAGUGUUUCUUGCACCUUAACUUGCCCAUAAAGAAAUAUAAAAUAUAGAAAUAAACUUUUAAUUCUGAAGAGCCGGCACUAAUAAGUUUUAGGUAACGAGAAAUUUAGCAUAGCAACUCUGACAUGGAACUGUGCUGGGAAGAUACCAUAUAAGAUAGAUUUUGGAGAGCUCCUUCAUUGUGAAGAAAGCUCUGAUUCUCCAGACAUCAUUCUGCUCGGAUUCCAAGAAAUAGUUGAAUUAAGCAUCUUUAGCCUGUUCACUGGACUGGGAAAGGAGAAGAUGUGAGACUUUUUGGCAAAAGUUAUUGAAGAUCUUGAUACUAAGUUCGGAGAGGACUACAAUGUCUUUGCCUCAGUCAACAUGAUGGGACUCUUAUUAGUGAGCAUCUCCAAAAAUAAGAUUUUAAGCCAGAUUAGUAAUGUUAAUAAGACAGAUGUUCCUCUUGGAUUUGGAGGAACCAUUGGAAAUAAAGGAGCAGUUCUAAUUAGCUUCUCUCUCAAUGAAACUUCUAUUGUCUGUGCCUGAUGACAUCUUGAGAGCGGGCAGAAUAAGUGCCAUCAACGUAUCCGAAAUUGGUUUGACAUAACUGAAUUAGCAUUUUCUACAUUUGAAAGCAGCAAUCUACUCGAGCGUCACCAAGUACAGUUCUUUAUGGGAGAUUUGAAUUUUCGGUUAGAGUAUCCUUUACAAAAGACGCUCCAAAUUUUGUCAGAAAUUAACGAGGAAAAUUGGCAAACAAGUCUGAAUUUCUUGACCAACAGAGAGCAAUUAACCCUUCUUAGAAAAGGAUAUGAUUGGCUUAAUGAAUAUAAAGAGAUGAAGAUCGAUUUCCUUCCCACUUAUAAGUAUGAUGGCUCAUCAGAGAAUUAUGACAAAUCCAGCAAGAGAAUUCCCUCUUGGUGCGACCGUAUAUUGUGGAAGGAAGGCAGAGAUAGUGAGAAAAUGGUGAUCCCAGUAUGAUAUAAAAGGAGAGAGACUAAGUUUAGUGACCAUAAGCCUGUGGUCGGACUCUUUACAAUAUUACCAGACCAAACUGCCCCAGAUGUAAUAGUACAAGAGGAGGAAAUCUUGGAAAAAUUGCCUUCUUAUCAUCCUUCAAAGAAUAAAUCCUUGAGUAAGCAGCUUGAGACGGAAGGAGAUUUUACAGAGAGGUUCUCAAUGACACUUGAUUCAACUGAUUUCAACUACUAAGCAUCUCUAUGAUGGCUUGGCUACUCUAGGUAUUAUAUUGGUGAAUUUC